AUAGCUUGGGAGGUCAUACUUAUGUGAGACCACCUCACAGGUCUCAAUGCAUUAGAUGAGUCAGGUCAACAUAAUUUGGGUUAGGGCGUGAGAUGCACAUAAUGUUGCCUAGCUUGAGACAAUACUUGAAAGAGAGAGAGGAGAGAUGAGGAUAACUGAAGUAAGCAUAUUUGAGCAAGGCUUUCAGUCAUUAAUUCCCACAUAUACAUUGAAGAGUUGAGAGUGAUACAGAGAAAGAGAGAUGAGAGAUGAGGAUAACUGAAGUGCUUCACAUGAAUGGAGGAAUUGGAGACUCCAGUUAUGCCAACAACUCCCUUCUUCAGCAAAAUGUGAUACUUAUGACAAAGCCAAUAACAGAAGAAGCCAUUACAAAACUCUACACCAGCCUCAACAAUCCUAAGACCAUCUCCAUUGCAGACUUGGGCUGCUCCUCUGGCCCCAACACUUUGCUGGCAGUUUCCAACAUCGUCAAAGCCGUCGACAACCACCGGAAAAAGCUCCGGCGGCGACACUCUCCGGAGUUCCAAAUUUACUUAAAUGACCUUCCCGCCAACGACUUCAACACCAUUUUUCAGUCGUUGCCGAAACAUGAAGAGGAUUUAAGGAGGGAAUUGGGAGAUGGGUUUGGGCCGUGCUUUUUCAAUGGAGUUCCUGGUUCAUUUUAUGGAAGGCUUUUCCCCACCGAUAGCCUCCAUUUUGUUCAUUCUUCUUAUAGUCUCCAUUGGCUAUCCCAAGUACCUAAAGGAAUAGAAGAGAACAAAGGCAACAUUCGCAUGGAAACUACAAGUCCACCGUCUGUGAUAAAGGCAUACUACAAUCAAUUUGAACAAGAUUUUUCUACUUUUCUCAAGUGUCGCUCUAAAGAAUUAGUGAAAGGUGGAAGAAUGGUUUUGACCAUGCAGGGCAGAUCAAGUGAAAAUCCUACUUGCCAUCUUUGGGAACUCCUAACUUUAGCCCUCAAUGAAAUAAUUGCAGAGGGUUUUGUGGAAGAAGAGAAACUAAAUUCGUUUAAUGUUCCUCUAUACACACCAUCUUUAGCAGAAGUAAAAUUCAUAGUUGAAAAGGAAGGUUCCUUCACUAUUGACUGCAUAGAGGCUUCCCAAAUUUAUUGGACUGGAUAUAAUGGAACUGAUGAUUAUGAGGUUAAUAAUGGGUACGGUGUUGCUAGAAGCCUAAGAGCUGUUGUUGAGCCUAUGCUUGUUAGCCACUUUGGUGAAGGAAUAAUUGAUGAGUUGUUUCACAGGUACACAAAGAUGAUUGUUGAUUCCAUAUCAACUCGCCCGGAGAUCACUCAGUUCACUAAUGUUAUUGUUUCUCUUAUUAAAAUGUAAUGAAAAAUACCCUGCACCCCUACCUCUGAUCUCUUAAUUAUUCACAAAAUUGUAACUUUUUGAUGUGACAAAUUGUAUUAGUUUUUUUUUUCCC